CAACAUGUGGGCGUGAGCGUCCUGAACAUCAACAAAAGAGAGAAAAGGAGAAAGGAGAAAGACGAGAAGGAAUAUACUCUACAGCCGAGCACAACAGAUAUGUGGAUUUAACUCGCGAUAACAGACAGCACCGAGGUAAAGACUAGAGAUCACUUCAUCCAGCACCGGCCCGAGACAUGGAUGCCUUCAAGCUGAUGAAGGAACUGAGGGUGAAUUAUGAGCAGGAGGUUCAUUAUCUCCCCAAAGAGACAGGACUGAACCUCAUCGAAUCCACUACACAGGAUGACAACCGGAUCUCGGCCAAGUGCAGAAAUGCCAAAGUGGAGGACUUGUGGAGUCUGACCAGCUUCUUUGGUUACAGCGCGCAGACCUUCGUCCUGGCUGUUAACCUACUGGACAGAUUCCUGGCCAUGAUGAGGAUCCAGCCUAAGCACCUGUCCUGCGUCAGCAUCAGCUGCUUACAUAUGGCGGCCAAAGUGACGGAGGAGGAGUGCAACGUGACGCCCACGGACGAACUCAUCCGCAUCGGACAAUGCAGGUUCACUGUGUCCGACCUCGGCCGCAUGGAGAAGAUUGUUGCGGAAAAGCUCAACUUCAAGUCCAAAGCCGUCACUGCCUUAACCUUUCUGCACUUGUACCACCAGAUCACCCUCUCGCACUCUACGGACAGAAAGGACACUCUGAGUCUGGAGAAGCUGGAGGCUCAGCUCAAAGCCUGUCUGUGCAGGAUCUCCUUCUCUAAAGCAAAGCCGUCCGUUCUUGCCUUGUCUCUCCUGAGGCAGGAGAUUGAAACCAUCCAGUCGGAGGACAUGUUGGAAAUAGCCUAUCACAUCCAGAGACACCUGAAGAUUGCCGACUGCGAGCUGCUGCUGUGGAGUGAGCGCGUGGCUCAGUGUCUGUUGGACUACGCCUCCCCUGAGUGCAGCAAACCCAACCACAGGAGGCUCCAGUGGAUUGUGUCACGCCGGACUGCCCAGAACCUGCACAGCCACCGCAGCGUCCCAGAGCUGCCCACAAUCCCCGAGGCCUGCUGGGAUGAGAGUGAGAGUGAGGACUCGUGUGAAGACGUGAUGAGCUCUGGAGAAGAGUCUCUCAGCAGUUCUCUGGGCAGUGACGCUGAAGAACCCUUCUUCCCCCUGCACCUCCGUCGCCAAAAACACCGCCAUUACCUCCACGCCUGAAGCUUCCGCCGGCCCGUGCCUCCCACUUCACCUGCCGUCUAUAAUUUAUUGUUUAAUAAGCUCUGGUGCUGGUGGAGAAUCAGACAAACAUCUGGCAGCUGAGCAGUCUGAACUCGAUAGAUUUGGUAGAGUUUUAGUUUGUAGAUGUGUCGGUGCAUGUUGAUGUCACAUUCCAAGGCGCAGGAUUUUAACCAUAUACAAGUGAUGUUUGGCAGAUAAGCUCUAGUCAAUGGUCUUUAAGGCCCUGAGCUGGCAGAUACCAAAGUCUGCUGAAAAAGGCUAAGAUGUCAGACCAGAAACGGUUCAUGCUGCUGACAAGACUUGCCAAAAUGCGUUGUUUAUUUAGUGGAAUGUUUUUUGACUGUUAUUAAUCUAAAACUGUUUGUAAUAAGGGUAAGAAGGAGGUGCACAGAAGCCGAGAGCAGCUGCAGCUACCAUGCGUUAGUGUUGUUAUCUUCAGUUAUCCAGGGGAAAACACAUUAAUGAGACUGCACCAUGCAUCCAGUUCCUGCUCAGUCUGACAUGUUUAGCGGUUGAAUCCGGUUCCAGGGUCAGUUCAUCUCAGUUGUCUUGAGAUAAACAUUUACGUCCUGAUCACCACUGAACUGCAUAGGUUGGAUAGCAGACUUGAACUGUGUGAUAUUUGUCUGGUAAUAGUGUGGUAUUCUCCGUAUCUGACUGAAAACGGUUAACGGCUGCAGCUGCGCUCAUCUCCUGUAACAAAGUUUAAUUUGCACAAAAAACUAAAAAAAAAAAUCUAAUUUCAAGUGUUAAAUGUUGGAAAUGGAGAUUAGACAGUGUCUCAACAAAAGAUUCUGAUCUUUAAGAAACCUUUCCAAACCCCGUCGAUGCCACAGGGGGUUCAGAUAAAAACAUUUAACACGUGUAUGUGUAUGUGUGUGUGAGCAUGUGUACGUAUGACCCUGAUUUAAAUAUAAAGUUGCCAAUUUUAAGAUGUAGCUUAAAAACAGUGUGAUGUUUUGAAAAUGGUCAGAGAGAAUGUUGUAUGGAACAAAAUAAUGCUGAUAGCGUGUCAAAAAAUGUCUAAAAAAUGUCAAAAUGUGAAAAAACUUUAUAAAAACUGUAAAACUGUAAAUUAUGUACAAAAAAUACUGUUAAUAGUUCUUUGUAGAUAUUAAGUUAUUUAUUCUUUGUCACCUGUACUAAAAAAUAUGAGAAAAUCUUAUAAAAAAAUAUUAUUUUUAA